AGUCCAACCUGUAGAUACUACUUUUCUCUGCUUGUUUCGGUUACUGCAGCAAAGUAAUCUCGACAAAGAAAUAACGUAAACAGACCGGAACUGACCACAGAGGGCGGGACGUUUUUAAAAUUGGUGCGGCGCUGUUUGGACUGUUGACAACUCUCACAUUUAACGUAUCCAUAAAGGUGUUGUCACUGACAGAACAAUGUCUUCAAAAAUUCCCAAAGGUUUGCAGUUACCUGCAGAAACGAAGAAAACUGGUCAUAAAAUUGAAUCCAAAGACACCGCAACAGCAAGUGCUGCCCAGAAAUCAGAUGGAAUCCUUAAACCUCAAAAAGAAAAUGUACUAAGAAAAAAUGUUGCUCCCAAAGUUCAUAAAGGUAUCUCCACCAGGUACGGGCAACAGGCAGAGCUCAAAGAGCAAAACCAGCAUUUGAUGACUGUCAACGAGGAGCUGCAGAAGAACCUCACAGAGACACAGCAAAGAGUAGCUGAGUUGGAGCUGCAGUUCAGUGACCUUGAAAAGGAGAAUGCAGAGGUACAGAAAAACCUGAAGGACUGCCAUGUUCUCCUAGUCGCAGCAAAAAUAGACCCAGUUUUAGGAGAAAGAGUUGGAGAAGCUGCACAGCAAAAUGAAGAUCAGAGGAAAGAAGCUAUGAGUGUCUCUGCAGACCUGCUGAGCGAAUUAAGGACAUUUGGUGACACUGCAUCACAGCAACGGGCUCGGCUGGAGGAAAUCCAAACAACACUGACAGACCUCACUAAAGCUCGAGAAUGUAUGAAGCAUGAAAGGGAAAGCUUUACCCAGGAGGCUGCCGAGAUGGAAAAAGCUCUCAAGGAAGCAGAGGCUCUCUUACUGUAAAUGUACAGUAAUCUCUCAAUUUAAACUUGUGUAUAUAUAAAUGUUAAAUGUGUAUUUUUAACUGUUAGCAUGACUGAAAAUGAAUAAAGGAUUCUUAUUUCCUCA